AUGUCUGGGAACAAGGAUAUCGACGCUCUUGUCGUGCUCAUCACCGAAGCCGCGACCGCGGCGGUCACAGAGUACCACAAGCUCGGGGAGGAUGUACCCUCGCUCAGCUCGCCUGUGGUGCAUCCGCUCGAUAGUGCUGUUGACGUCAUAGGGCUACGUAAUGUUCUCAGACAGCUUGAAGGUGCAUGCAACCACUUGUGCGAUAUGCUACAGCCUCCUGCUAGCUCCAUCGCGAAGCGUACACUCCGAGCGGAUCCGAUGUUAAUGCACAUCGCUUCGGAAGCACGGAUUGCUGAUGUUUUGGAUGAAAAUCCGCAGGGUCUGCAUAUCUCGAAGAUCGCAGAAGUUACCAAGCUCCCCGCACAUAAGCUUAGGCACGUUCUUCGGACGUUAGUCACACGUAACUGUUUCCAAGAGGUUGAUACAGACGUCUACGCUAAUAACCGCAUCUCGCAUGCGCUACGAACAAGAUCUGAAACGAGGACUCGAUACUACACCUGGUUAUGUGCGGGCGAAGGCACGUUCUCGACGAUCAUGUACCCGGACUACCUACGUGACCCCGAGUUUGGACCUUCCACAACGCUCGAAAAGGCACCCUGGACCUACGCUCAUAGGAGAAUUGGAACCAAGGAAGACUUUCGUGAGACGAUGUGGACAUGGCAUGGAACAAAUCCAGCGAUGCAAGAGAACUUCAACCUCUGUAUGAUCGGUCGUCAAACUGCAGACGCCAAUCUUUCUAUUUUGCGUGGGCUACCCUGGAAUCCCGACACAAGUCUGUGUGACGUCGGGUCGGGGAUAGGCUCGUUCUCGCUCGAAUUUCUCAAAGUCUAUCCUGAAGCUCGGAUUACAUUGCACGACGUCCCGGAAGUUCUAGAAGACGCUAGAAAGGUGUGGGCGCAAGAAUGUCCAAGUGCGAUCACUCACGGACAGGUACAGUUAUCUCCGAUGAACUUCCUGAAAGAGCCACCAACAACUGGUCAUGACGUCUACUAUAUGAGAUGCGUAGCGCACGACUGGCCAGACGACGACCUUCGCACGAUACUGUCAAACGUUAGGAAGGCGAUGUCUCCGCGAAGCCGCCUGAUCAUACAGGAGUACAUUUUGGGUCAAAUGAGCCAUCAAGCCGCCGCUCGGGACUUGGCGCAGUACGGCAUCGGACAGGCCCCCGAGCCUCUUCUGCCGAACUUUGGCUGGGGAGGCGCACGAAGAUAUGAUAUGGACUUCUUGAUGCACUCGUUUUACAACGCCAAAGAACGUACUGUGGACGAGCUCGUCACUAUCGGAGAGUUGGCGGGGCUGCGAUUCCUCAAGCACUGGGACCUGAUCGAUACGUCUGCGCUCGAGUUUGUGGUUGCAGAUAAGGCCUAGCGAAUGAUGGUACCGUGCCAAAAUCGCACACGAGUUGCACUUGGCCCCAUUUGAUCGAGACGAGGCUCUUUCUUGGUGCGAUGUUCACAAU